GAGUAUGAUCGACUUGGCCAGAGGAGUGUUGAAUGAGGAGGAGAAGGGACUCGUGGGACAGGGUGCACCCAAGGACUCUGUGACAGCUCCGCGUCGAUUCAUCCCUGAAAAUUCGGCUGACGGGGGGAAUCUGAAGGAUAUGGCUCCUGACGCUGAGAACACGUUGAGUCUGUCGUUCACUGCGUUGACUCAGAAACCAUCCAUCUCAGGAUGUCAGAGAAGGUGGACAUACUUGGAACAGCUCAAGACAGGAUCCCAGAUCUCUCUACCGAGCCCCUGUCUCACUGACCUGGAACUGGAGCACGAAGGGAUGGACCCAGAGGGACAGAUGGAAUUGGCUCUGAUCCAGGGUGAACUUGAAGCUGAACGUAGGGAGUUAGAGAGAGAGCAGCGGUUUCGAGAGGAGCUUUGUUCCCGCAUUGCAGGACUCGACCGGACCCUGCUAUCCGAGAAAGACAAG